CAUUCAGUCUCACUAUCUAACAUGAGUAUGAAUUUUGAUCAGGGCAGCAUCAUAUUUCAAUAUACUCUCACUAAACACUCCAUCUAGUGGAGUAUUAUACGGAAGUUUAUCUUUGUCUUGAGUGAUAUUUACGUUUGGUUAAGCUACACUUACAUCUGGACUUUAUUAUCCGUGUUUCAUGGUUAUUUAUUUUGAAUUUAUUGUGUUCAAGAGAAACUGUACAUGAAUGGAUGCUUCGUUCGUGAUACUGGUUGCGUUUGUUGUUGCUAGCUCAGGUUUUGAGCUGACCUCAGAUAGUUGCAAUGUAGAGAAUGCAGAUUGCGUUACAACAUGUACCUGUCAUCACGGAUAUGCUCACGAAAACGAGGCCUGUCUUGCUAUGAUCGGCACGUCAUGUACCAACAGUGAGCAGUGCGUCAACGGAGCUAGCUGUGUUAACGACAAGUGCGCAUGCCCAGAUGAUCACGUGCCCCAUGGGGACAACACAUCAUGUUUGGAGAAAGUGGGCACACCCUGUCAACAAGACGACACGGUUGAUUGCAUUUACAACGCUCUAUGCACGAGUGUCUCGGAAAAUGAGACAGUUUGUCAAUGUAAAGAUGGAUAUACGGCCUUCAAUGAUAACACACUUUGCUCCGGAGACGUCGGAGCAACUUGUGACUCGAGUAUUGACUGCACGAGACACGCACUGUGUACGGGUGAAGAGGAACCACGGGAAUGCACAUGCAGGGUUGGGUAUUCACCUGGAGAAAAUAACUCGACCUGCCUUGGAAAAGUCAACUCUCAGUGUGAGGGACGUGACUGCAUUGCGCAUGCGUCGUGUGUGGAGUUGGAUGGCUCACGCGUCUGUGAGUGUAACGUAGGCUUUGUAAGAAAUGCUGCUGGGGACCAAUGUUUGGCGAAAGUUGGCACGGACUGUUCAGGUGGUGUUCCGUGCCUUGGAGAUGGAACGUGUGAUGUAACAGCAGAGUUAUGUGAGUGUGUCGCCGGACAUUCUCCAAACAGCGAUUACAGCAUAUGUGGUGUAAAUGUUCAAGGCACAUGCAAUAUUGAUAGUGACUGUGUUCAGUAUGCAGUGUGCAAUGAGGGAACGUGUGCCUGUGAUGUUGGUUUCAAAGGGCCGGAAACUUGUGUGAAAAUAGCUCUUGGUGACAACUGUACAAUGCCGAACGAUUGUAAACACGUGAAACACGCGGUCUGUGCAGAGAAACAGUGCGCAUGCGCAGCUACGUAUACACAACAGGACAACGUCUGCUCCGGGUCAAGUCGAUUGGAGUCAUUAGGCAGUUUGUGUUGCUACAUGAUACUAAUCGCCAGCCUGCUAUUCUCAAAAUGAUGCCAGGAGGCUUACACAGUAGAUGGCAUAUGACGUCAUCAUUAAAUUUUGUUCUUAAGACUUUGCUUGACCUUAUGUUUUUGCCAUAUUUUUAUUGUUACAUGAAAUUGUCAGCAUUCAUUUCCAAAAGUGUUUUGUCUUUUCAAUUAAAAACAAUAACUUAG